AAAACAGAAACUUAACACCCUCCGAAAACUGCUGCAUCUCUAACUACCUCCACCACAAAACAAAGAGCGUCUUCCUCCGGGGUGAAGUCUGACAUUUCGAGCGACGGAUAAGGCUGUGCUGUGCAAGCUGAGCCUUUAUCCGCGCUGACCUCUGUCACCGGUUGAGUCCGUGGGCUGGAACCCAAAGAGCGUCCCUGGCGCGGGGCCACCCUACGGGAGAAGCCUGCUGCGCGCGGCGGACUCUGGGCUCCAUCGCCCGGGGUCCCGCGCUGGGAGAGGAGCCCUGGGGGGACCUCGUUCCCCAGAUGUGACCCAAGCUGACUGCCCAUGCGCGCCCCCGGGACCCCGGCGCCCCGCCGCCCGGCCCUGCCGCCGCUGCCGCCCCCGCUGCUGCUGCUGCUGCUGCUGGCCGCCUCGGGACAAGCAGUGCCUUGUGUCUUUGGUGGUGUGCCUAAACCUACAAAUAUCGGCUUCUUAUCCGUCAACAUGAAGAACGUCCUGCAUUGGAACCCACCAGAGGCUCUGCGUGGGUUCGAAGUCACGUACGCUGUGCAAUAUUUUAUCAGAUAUGGGCAGAAGAAAUGGCUGAAUGUCGCGGAGUGCAGAAACGUCAGCAGGACCUACUGUGAUCUUUCUGCUGAGACCGCAGACUAUGAGCACCAGUACUAUGCCAAAGUGAAGGCCAUUUGGGAAACCAAGUGUUCCGAAUGGGCUGAAACUGGCCGGUUCUAUCCUUUCUUAGAAACACAAGUCGGCCCUCCAAAGGUUGCCCUGACAACUGGUGAGAAGUCUAUCUCUAUUGUCCUGACCGCACCAGACAGGUGGAAAAGAAAGCCAAAUGACGACACUGUUUCCAUGCAACAGAUAUACCCCAGUCUGAAGUACUGUGUGUCUGUGUAUGACGCUAAGUCAAGAAGAAUGUGGUCACAGUGUCUCAGCGACAGCACGCUGGUGCUCCGCUGGCUGGAACCAAGCACUCUGUACUGCGUCCAUGUGGAGUCCUUUGUCCCAGGGCCCCCUCGCCUCAGCCUGCCUUCUCAGAAGCAGUGCAUCAGUACUUUGGAAGCUCAAACAUCAUCACUGACAGUCAGAGUCAUCUUCUGGUACAUCCUGCCCACAUCUCUUGCCGUGUUUCUUUUUUCUGUGAUUGGCUACUCAGUUUACCGUUACAUCUAUGUUGGCAAAGAAAAACACCCAUCCAAUCUGAUUUUGAUUUAUGGAAAUGAAAUUGACAAAAAAGUCUUUGAGCCUGCUGAAACAGUGUCACUUGAUUUUAUCACACUCGGUAUGUUGGAUGAUUCUACAGUUUCUCAAAAGGAUCUGAGUUUACUGGAAAAAAGCAGCGAUGACUCCAGCGUAAAUGACCCUAAACUCAGCGGAAGCUGGGAGACGCACCUCGAGGGGCGACACUUGGGAAACUCUUCGGAUUUGACAGUUAUUGUCUGUGGUGCCGAGCAAAGCAACAGAGACACCUCCCCAGCCCAGUAUGAAUGGCUCAGCUGCACCACGCCCACAGGGGAGGCAGAAACGGAGCCUGAGUACAAGCAGCUCUGUGGGCAGGAAGAGGCUGCCAGAGCAGGGGAAUUAUCCGAGCCACAAACGGCUUUAGCAAAGUUGGAGCCGCAGCCAGACGACCUGCCUGACCUGGGGCAGGAGCACCCUGGCUCAGAAGACGGGCCGGAGGAAGAGCCAUCUUCAACACUAGUGGAUUGGGACCCUCAGACUGGCAGGCUCUGCAUCCCUGCCUUCCCUAGCUUUGACCAGGAUCCUGAGGGCUACGGACGUUGUGACAGAGACCAUCUCUCAGAGGACGGCCUCUUGUCCAGACUCUACGGGAACCACAUGCCUGACCAGGCAGAUGAAGAAAGUGAAAGCUCUCUCAUGCAGUUUACGGAGGAGUGGGGGUUAUAUGUACAAAUGGAAAGCUAACCGCAGACCCUCUGUGGACCAGCUUCUCCUGGGACGGGCCACGUGCCCGUCAACAAACGAACUAUCCCAGUGAGUUGAGUAGUGGGAACGAGUAGGCCUGCCUGUGUCCAGAGUCCCCGCGGUCAGUGGCGGCUCGUCCUCUGUCUGUUCACGCACUUGGUCAGCCCUGCCUCCUCCAGGGGGUCGGCUUCCAUAGGACCAUCUCCCCAAUACCCACCGCGUCCUGCAGUGCAGGAGCUGUCUGGAAUACAGAUCCCUGAGUUUUGCUGUAGACAGAGGAAGCAUUUGCAGGGUGGGCGGGGACUUCAAACAGGAGAGUAGACUGAGUUUGCCUGAGCAGUUAUUUUCUGGGUUUUUACUGUAUGUAUGUAACACUAUCAAAAAAAUUCCAAUUAUUGCAUAAACACCCCUUUUCUAGAAUUUGGAUGGAGAGUGGUUUACAGGUAAAGAGCUCAGCUCACUGCUCAGGCAGGGUAAUUCCUGUCAGUCAAGCACAGCCCUUUGCUGGUACCACGUCUGAGCUUCUGUCUUUUGUUAGAGGCAGUGUUUAUCUCUCUCUCUCUCUCUCUCUCUCUCUCUCUCUCUAGCAGUUCUGGAGUAUGAGCCUAAGGGAGCUUUUGUAGUCAGGAAAAUGCCCUCUCAAUAAUUUAGUAAGGGCCCUUGUUGCCUAAAACGUGUGCCACAUUUUAUAUGAGCAUACCAUGCAUGCUUUGGAUGAGAGAUACUGUUAGAAACAUGUUUAGAAACUGUAAACUAGGAAAUGUUCCGCAGCUGCGGUGCUGAGUCACUGUUCUAAGGGACAGGCAAUACCGCACAGUCUCUUAGGAAACUGUAUGAAUGAACACUGCCUCUCCUCAUAAUAGCAAAACCAGUAGGAAGUAAACACGGGAUAUAGAAAAAAGUAAGUUAAAUGUAUAUGUAAGAAGGGUGUGUUAAAGUUUGACACCAUUCACUGUGAGCACUGGAGGACAUCAUAAACCAACACCUUCCUAGUGUUUCCGGUACCUUCUCCCACCUUCGUCACCAUUUAAUUAAGUUCCGGAUCACACUGGGAUUAAACGUGACAGGCUCCAUAAACCUGAACUAUAUAAAACGAAUGAUGUUUCAGUCUUUUAGACUCACAGAAACAUCGGCGUUUCAUGUAUUUGUUUAAUUAUGAACUCCAUCCACAGAGACUCUUUCAAGAAGACAGAUAUCAUCCUACUUCCUUAGUCAUAUUUUUGGCAAAAGCAGACAGCUCUGGUAGGAGAGAUAGAUUCAGGGGUCAUGGUCUUUUGAAAUUAACCACAAAUCCAAACAGUUUCUGAUUUAAUGGUUUAAUUUAGAGCAUAAUUAUAUUAAUCAGAAUGUUCUGUUCUUCUUGGUCUUUGCAGAAAUGAUUCUGGUGGCUUGGAAGAACAGAUUUAUGAUACAAACUGGAAAUGAAAUUCAGGAGUGAGGAAGAAUAGGUUGUUUUUAAAAGCAAAAAGAAAAAUAAUUGAUAGUUUGGCUUAUUAAGUCACAAAAUAUGUAUUUACUUACGAAGUGUCAGUUACAUCCUUUAACGUCCUCCUCUGUAAAAUACAAAUAAACACUUUCUUACCAUCAUGAGGGUAGAAAGACCUGGACUCUAGAGGGCUCUCAGAGCAGGGCAGGGCAUGGAAUGACCAUCAUAAGAGACCCUCUUUAUUCUCUGUGCUUAGCACUAGAGGUGGAAGCCAUCUUGACAUAUGAGAAUCAAUCAAAUGUAUGCCACGCCUAACUCUGUUUUUCUCACCUGAAAGUACAAUAGUAAUUUGCUUCCUACUCCAUACCUUUGCUGAAACCUUUUCGUGUUGAAGCACGUUUUCUGCUUUUGUGAAGAAGACUCUCACUCUGGGUUGUCUUUCUGCCUCUGGUCAAGGUAAGCAUAUCAGAAGUAUUUGGCAUUUCGGUUUCUUGCAACAUGUGAACAUACACACAGACAGAGACAGAUAGACAGACAAACAGAGUCCCUGACUUAAAAAGGAUUCAACUUACAUUUUAAAAUUUGCUUAUGAGAUAAAAGGUAUAUGCAUUCUGUAGAAACUGCAAACCUCCCAAUUUUCAGAGUUGCUUGCUUUCUUAUCUAGUGGCAUUGGAUGUCAUUGUUCCUGUUAGUGAUGGGAAUUGCAGGGAGUCCCAGCAUCCAGUCAGCCCUGUGAUCACAAAGGGGAAACAGCUCUGUGGUAGACUGAGUUGCCGUGGUAGCUAGGUGAUGCUAAGAUUUGACUGACUGUCUCCUCAGAUCCAUAUGCUAAAAGGUUGAUGCCAACGUUAUACCCUUAAAAGGACUGUGGGCCUCAAGAGGGUGGGUCCUAGCAGAAAGGACUCGGGUCAUUGGGAAUAUACCCUUCAGGGGACUUGUGAGACCUCAGUCUCCCAAUCUUUGGAGGUGUGAACACUGGCUCCCUUAACCACUCCUGACCUGGUAUGCCACUCUCAAAAAGUCCAAAUCCAAGAGGCUGUCCAUUUUUUAGUUCAGACCCCCAGAACUGUGAGCCAAACAUCAGCAUUUCUUCAUGACUAGCCUGUGCUGAGUACAUUAUUAUGAUGAUGUGAAGUUAAUAUAGUUUGUUAAAUUCAUUUUCAAGUUACAUUUUCAAUCUAUGAUGGGAUUGAUUAGUUAAAUAACAUUCAUACAAUUAGAUAAGUCUAUGGAACAUUUCUUGUAGGGGAAGGUCACUACUUCUCAGAUGUGGGAGGCAGCUGUCAUGUGUCCUUUUUCUGUGGCCAGGCCCACUGUCUCCUCCACAUCUUCAAGGGACCGUAUCCCUGAGGACCAAGUAUAGCUGUGAGUUGUCAGGGUUCUUGACUGAUGCUAUUCAUCUUAUCACUUGAGUCCAGGCUUUUACAUACUGCUUCCACAUAAAGUUUCUUAUACUAGCCCAUAACUCCUAAACAGCUGAUACAUCAAAAUGCUACCACUGUGGCUGAAAAGAUGGCUCAAAGGUUAAGAGUACUAGCUGCUCUUGCACAGGACCCAGGUUCAAUUCCCAGCACUCACAACCAUCUGUAACUUCAGUCUCAGGAGACCAGAUGUCCUCUUCCAUCUUCCACAGGCCCCAGGCACACAUGUAGUACACAGACAUUCAGACAAGCAAAACACUCAUACACAUAAAAAUAAAAUGAAUAUGUUUAAGGAAAGAAAGAAAACUUCACUGCUGGGAAGCAAAUGAAGCCAAAUGUCAUAUCUUGCACAUGGGAUGAGAGUGGGUAAAGAGAAUCGGCCUCCCCGCCAGCAACAGGAAAAAGAUCUGAUGCCCUAGGUUGUGCUCAGCUCCAAGAAAAUCAGGACAGGAAGAAAAAAACCCUUUCUACAGAGCACAAGCCUGCCCAGUGUGAUAAACACAGGAAAACAUUAAACAGAGAGUGGAUCACCAUGGCUGGUGAUUGGGUCAUAAAUCAUUCUCUCUGACCCACACAUUACCACCCCCUCAUCUUCCAGAGGAGCCAAAGAGAAAUUAUCUUAAGAUUGUUUCUCUCUUUCUCCCUCUUUGGUUCCUCACCUUACAUCAACCAUAAAUCUUUUAUCUGCCGUUGUUUUUAAAAGCUUUUGUUUUUUUUAAGUGACAAUAAUUUAUAAUAAUUAUAUGGCCAUGGGCGUUUUAAUAAUUUUAAUUUUUAUAUAAAAAUAGAUUAAGAUAUAUAUACAUAUACAUAGGUCACAGACCAGCUAGAAAUGGAAAGAGUUUUAAUUAUUUAUAAUUAAAUCCCAUGUGGAUUUAACCACUGUAAAGUGUAUUAGGGCAGAGGAACUAUUCUCAGUUAGGGAUUAUUUUGUCCCCCAGGGAACAUUGACAACGUCUGGAAAUUUUGUCUUCUGCUUUUUGAGAUCAGCAUCUCACUAUGCAGCCUAGGUUUACCUGGAAACAGUUUCGGAACCCAAGCUGCUGUUAGACAUGUGGGCUCUAGCCUCCUGCCACAGGUUCCCUCAAUGGCUGGCCUUACCAUCAUGUACCAUCACACCUGGCUUGGAGACUUUUUUUUAUUGUCAUGCUUCAGAGAGACACAUCUAAUGGCUUGUAAUGGAGAUAGAGUUGGAGGAUUUCACUAAAUAUUCUAGUCUGCACAAAGGGGUCCCUAUGACAAAGAGUUACCCAGCCCAGAAUAGCCCUGCUGUAGAACUUCCCAGACAUUUUCAUGCAUAUACCCCCAAAUAGAGAUCAUGUUGAAUUGUUCUGUUACUUGCUCCUGUCACCAAAAAAAAAAAAAUGUCUAAUGAACUCUU